AUGCCAAAAUUAUUAUACUAUUAUGAUUUGAUGUCUCAACCAUGUCGUGCAUUAUACAUAUUUCUGAAAAUGACUAAAAUUCCAUUUGAUGCUAAAGAAAUAGCAAUACGAAAAGGUGAACAUUUAACGAGUGAAUAUGAAAAAUUGAAUCCAAUGAAAAAAGUACCAGUAAUUGAUGACAAUGGUUUUGUUUUAACAGAAAGUGUGGCUAUUUUUCAAUAUUUGUGUGAUAAAUAUAAAAAUGAGGCGUCAUCAUGGUAUCCUCCUGAACUUGAAAAACGAGCUCGAGUCAAUGAAUAUUCAAAUUGGCAACAUUUGAAUUUAAGAGCAAAUGGUUCAAUGUUAUUUAGAAAAAAAAUUAUUAAUCCAAAAUUGACGAAUACACCACCAAAUGAAAAAGAAUUGAAUACAUGGUAUGAGAAAUGGCAAGAAUCAACUAAAUAUCUUGAAAAGGUUUUUCUAAGAACAAAUUAUUUAGCUGGUGAUCAAAUGACAUUUGCUGAUUUGCUAGGUGCUUGUGAAUUGAUGCAACCGAUAGGUGCUGGUUUUGAUAUAGACAAGGCAAAUUAUCCUAAAGUAGUGGCUUGGUUCGAACGUGUUAAAUCAGAAACACAGCCGUUCUUCGAUGAAGCUCACAAGUUGAAUUAUCGUAUGCGUGAAAGAGUUUUGGAAGAACAAUCCAAUGUCAAACAAAGGUCAAAAAUUUAA